CAUGUGCAUUCAUUCCGUUCCGACACCGACACGUUUUACUCGUUUUACUCAUAUAUGCUCAUGUAAUGACAAGCCAGGAAAGUUAUUCCUAGUGAAGUUAAAAAAAUGACAGAUAUUUUGUACGAAACAAGAAAAUUUAUCUCUGAUUGUUGGGCAAAUAUAUUUGCUGAAGUAUGUGGCACAGUUGUUUAUAUAGAUAAUUGUGCAGCCGAAUGUUUACAUUGGUACACAGCUGGCAAAGGUUAUUUGGCACUAAAAGAUGCUGGAGCAAUUGCAGUUCACGAACUCGGCAUGUACCACUUUCGAUAUGUCGAGGUUAAAGACACCAAGAAAGCUGUUAUUGUGUCAACUGCUGAUGAUCCAGCGUUUUAUCAACGAACAAUCAAGAUGAUUCUAGCAAAAAAUGUAUUUGAAAGUUGCACAAUAUAUUGUAGUGCUCCUUGUUCCACUACUGAUUCUCCACAGAUUAUUCACCUUCCAACAGAAGAGAAACUGAAUUAUAACGAACUAAAAAGGGACAUUAAAGCUUGGAUGUCUUCAAAAAAUCUGUCGCAAGAACCUUCUGUGAACAUUGUGCACGUGCCAAUGUUUAUAGCCCUUUUAGACAAGAAUUUGUUUGUUACACCUCCUUUUGGAGAUCUAAUGCCACCCUUAGACACAACUUUUACAAAAGAUACAUUUUCCAAAUUAAAUUUUUUAGCAAAUUCUUUCUAUAAAUUCUUUAAUAGCAUAAAUGCCAAAUUAGAUAUUUAUGCACUUGGGAAACUGAGCAAUCUCCUUGCACAGAAUUUAGCAAACUACAUUGCUAGUACCGAUCGUCGAAAUGUGAGUAGUGAAAUGCAUUCAUCAGCAGCUCAAGAUAUUGGAUUAUCUCUUAUUUUAAUGGACAGGACAUUAGACCUCUGUACACCAACUAGCAAUAAUAUGGAAUCAUUUCUUACAAAAAUAUUACGAACAUUCCCUAGAUUACCGCAGCACAAUAAUGAUGUAUCAAUUAACAUGUCACCUAUAGUUGGACCAGUGGAGGGAAGUUUACGAGCGUGCGAAGUACCAGGAUGUUUGGCCAGCAUAGAUAAAUCUACAAUUCAUCUUUUUAUUUUGGAAAAAGAAAAAAAGUUGUUAACAGUGGCCAAUGAGUCGUUAAACGAUAUAGUUUCUACGCAAGAUAAUCCAAAAUUGAGGACACCGACGAGAAUUUCGGGCCAUCGUUUAGAGAAAGCUGUUAAUAAACUUCGUACUACAAACAGUAUCGAUUCUAUUAUGGCUUAUAAAGAGAGGUUGCAGAGUAUCUUGGCGAUAGUCGAAGCAUCAACGUCUCAGAAGGCUGGUCAACUCGAAUUACUUACUAGUUUAGAGAAACUAGUGUUGCAAAAUCUCUCCGUGAGCCGCGAAUCCUCGAGUAUACUCGCGCAACUGAGUGACGUUAUACAAACACGAAUUGACAGAGGACUUGACACUGAAAAUCUAUUAGCGUUGUUAAUACACGUUUAUGCCCUUGCGGGAACGCAAAUCCGUUUUUCCACGCAGCAAGAACGCCAAUUAGAAGAAUCGAUCGCGGAUGCAAUUUUCGAGGACUUAAAAAUUUUCAAGGAAAACCCAUCUGCUAAUACAACAUCAACCUACCAGCGAACUUUAUUGCUGUUAGGAGUGAAUGACGUAGUCGCAGCUCGAGAAACUUCCUACAGGAUAGCAUCCCGUAUUAUCGGUAUUCUUCAAUUGGUUGCACAACAACGUUCGACUCUACAAGAUUACAGAUUUUGUAUGAUAAAACCAAACGCGCAAGAGGCGAUUCGACGAGUUAGUAUUUUGGAACAAAUAACUAGGGACAUACUUUGUGCGAGCGCAGGUCGAGAGCUGUACAAUCUUUGUAAAAGAUCGUCUCCGUUUCUUUUAGGUGGUUUCAAUUUUCUAUUGAGAGGUAAAGAAGAAGCAAAGCUUCAUCCUCAUGAUAAUCCUUAUAUUUUAAUAUACGUUAUCGGAGGAAUCACAGCAGAAGAGGCAAAAGUAAUUCAAGAAAUGACAUUGAGUCAAAAUAAUGACAAAAUGCCAUGUAUAAUGUUAGCAGGAUCCAGGUUGUUAAAUCCUUUGGAUAUAGUGGACAACAUACUCUUUCAGUGA